AUGAACCAACAAAAUAAUGUGAGAUGGGGAAGAGCUCUCUCGGAUGCGUACAGAUUGAAGUGCGGUGUAAGGCAGGGUGGUUUGACUUCGCCGAAACUCUUCAAUCUGUACGUGAACGAGCUGGUUGUUGCGCUCAGCAGUAAACCAGUCGGGUGUCAUGUCGACGGCAUAUGCGUGAAUAACAUAAGCUAUGCCGACGAUAUGGUGCUCCUGGGUCCAACGGCGGGCUCAAUUGCGGAGUUGCUUCGAACUUGUGAACAGUACACAAGUUCUCACGGCCUUGUGUACAACUGUGCCAAGAGCGAGUUCUUGAUCUUUGGGGUCCCUGGUAAGGGAAUGUCCUACGAACCAAAGAUAAGUCUGAACGGGUUGCCCCUGAAAAGGGUAGAUAAAUUUAAAUAUCUAGGACAUUACCUGACGGGUGAUCUCAAAGAUCAAAUUGAUAUUGAUCGAGAACGUAGGGCGUUGGCUGCCAGAUGUAACAUAUUGGCACACAGAUUUGCCCGUUGUAGUGAGGAAGCCAAAAUUACAUUAUUCAAGGCUUACUAUCAAUCCUUCUACACGGGUGGUCUGUGGGUGAACUAUACGCAGAAGGCACUCAGCGCCCUGCGUGUUCAAUAUAAUAACGGUUUCAGAAUGCUGAUGGGACUACCACGGCAUUGUAGUGCAUCCUCGAUGUUUGCUCUAGAGGGAGUAGAUGACUUUUUUGCUGUGAUGCAAAACAAAAAGGCGUCACUACUCUCGAGGCUGCGUUCUAGUCCUAACAGCAUUCUGAAAAUGUUUGCGGCUAAGCUUGAUGCGCCGAUGCUUCAACAUUUUAUCCAGGUUCUGGUGAGAUCAUGA